AUGCGCUCUACACGCGACUCUCAAGCCUGGGAGACCGGGGGAACCAUGGUCGGCACGAUGGCGAGGACGUGGCGCGGGCAGUCGAGGCCGCCGCUUGCAAUGCAGAACGAGGCUGGGGAUGGAUAUCGCUGCAGCAUCCCCUGCUCCUCUGAUGUUGGGAACAAGGUUACUCAUGCCCCAGCCACCUUCGUUUCCUACGACCCCGAACCACCGGAGGCACGUGUACGCACCCCUCGAGCGAGAGAAGCAAGCGUGAAGGCCUCCACCCUCGCACCUCAUUCGCUCAGGCUCAGUGGCAGUUCGCGCCAGAAUUUGGGCCUCAACCCCGCGCUCCUGAUGCUGACUUUGUAUCCUUGUCGAUUUAUCGACUGCCGGAGGCGCGCGCGCGGGUUCCUAGGCAAAACAAGCGAAGAGGGUGAUACCCUCACCCCUCUGACGGCCUUCGCGCGGGGUCAGGGAGGGGUGCCUCGUGCUCAUUCAUCCAGGAGGGGCUUGAAAUUAGUUGUUGCUGACCCCUUCGUUCACGCGAUUUUCGUUGUGCCCGAACCGCCGGAGGCAUGCGCGUGCUACCUCGGUGAAGAAUGCGGCAGGCUUGGGAUACCUCCACCCUCGCGCGGGGCCAAAUGGAGACCGCCAGAGGCAUGCGCGCACACCCUCAGUGAAGGAUGCGGGAGGGCUCAGAAAGGCCAUGGGGCACCCCAAUUGUCGAGGGAAGCUCUUUGCUCAUCCCACGACGAAUGUAAAGGCAACAACGAAGCCCUCGCGUGCUGA